AUGUUUAAUAAUGUUGAUGAAACAUAUAAUAAUUCUCCACAUUGUCAGAAAGACUUAUCCCUAAUAGAAAGUAUACAAGCAUUAACCGAUAUUACAUCAGGAAAUGAUAGAUUAUAUAGUAUAAUACCUGAUAACAUUUCAGAAUCGGAUGUACAAAUAAUAAAAGAUGAAGAAAAUGAAAUACUCGAAAAUUUAGAUGACAAUGAAGUCAUGAAAGAAUUAUUAAUAAAUGAUAUUCAAAGUGAUGUUGAGGAAAACAAUUUAGUGGAAAAUCACUUGAAUAAUAUGGAAAAUAUAUCUGUUAAUUAUAAUUUACAUGAUAAUCUUAAUAUGAUGCGUAAUGUUAAUAAUGAUAUAAAUAUUAAUAUACAUAAUAAUGUUGAUAAUAAUCAGAAUGUUCAUAUGAAUAAUAAUAAUAAUAAUGCUGUUGUAAAUAACAAUAAUGUUGAUAUAAAUAAUAAUAAUAAUGCUGAUGUAAAUAAUAAUAAUAAUGUUGAUAUAAAUAAUAAUAAUAAUAAUAAUAAUAAUAAUAAUAAUAAUAAUGUUGAUAUAAAUAAUAAUAAUAAUGUUGAUAUAAAUAAUGAGGCUAAUAAUGAAAAUGAUGAGGUAAUAAAUGAAGAAAUUAACGAAGAGAAAAUGGAAGAAAAUAAUGAUGAACAUACCGAACAAAUAAAUGAAGAAACAACAAAACAAAAUGUGGAACAAAGUAUGGAAGAAACUGCUGAAGAAAAUAUUGAAGGGAAUAAGGAAGAGUAUAUAGAAGAAAAUAACGACGAGUAUAUGGAUGAAAGCAUGGAAACAUAUGAAGAUAACGAAAGUGAAUAUAACGCUGAACAAAAUGAAGUAUAUACAGAACAACAAACUUCAUCAUCAAAUGUGGAACCGGAAAAGGAAAAGGAAAACGAACACGAACACGAAAAUGACAAUAAUGUAUACUCGAAAAAGGAAUACGAAUAUUUAAUAGAUACAGAUGAUGCAGAAGAAAUUAUUGUACAACAUGGAGAUAAAAUCUUAUCACUUAUUAAAAUUAAAAAGGUAGAGAAACCAACUGAUCAGAAAUCCGAAAAAAUGAAACGACGUGGAAGAAAAAAAGGAAGUAUGCAGGAAUUCAUUGAACAAAAAAAAAAAUUAAAAGGUCUAGUAGUAAUGCCUCAUGAAAUGUAUAACUUAUAUAAAGGUAAAGGUAAAAAUUUACCCAAACAAUGGGAAUAUGAAUUUGAAGAAUUUAGUGAUGAUGAUAGUGAUGAUGAAAGCGAUUUUGAAAGUGAUGACGAAGAUGAUGAUUAUGAGGAUGAUGAUUACGAGGAUGAUGCCGAAGAGGAAGAAAAAGACGAUAUGAACGAGAAGAUAAACGAAUUAGCUGAUGAGGAGGCAGAAUAUCAAGAAGAUGACGAUUAUGAAGAUAUGGAAGACGAAGAUGGCGAUGAUGAUGAUUUAAAUUAUGAUUUUUUUGAUGAUGAAAAUUAUGAAGACGAUGAGAAUGAUGAAAACAAUCUUGAAUCGCCGGAGGGAGAAGAAAAUCCUUUCACAAAUAAUCCUAAUAGAAGAAAUAUGCAAAGAAUAGAUAUAUUCAAUAUGAUUUUAAUGCGAGAUAUGUUAUCUAAUUUAGAUGAAAAUAAUGUCUCUUUUGAUGAUCUAAAUGAUAUAUACGAUUUCAUGAAUACAUGA